CUUGGGUGGGGCGGGGCCUGAGGCUCGCUCCGCUGAACUCCGGCCGCCCCGAGGCAACUUGACCCCGGAAGCAGGGUGCCGGGCUGCGGUGCGGCGGGACCCUGCGGUGCGAGCCUCAGGUACCUCUUCUCGCGGGAGGCCCCGCAGCCUCACUCUUCACCCUCCUCGCCACUGACGAUGUUGCAUUUUUAUAAACUGAAGGCAAGAUCCUCCACCAGCAAAGAGAUUAUGACUCACUGUAUUGUGAUACUUGCUUUAUUGCGGUGGUCUGGAACCGAAACGCAGUAUCUCGAGGUUUUCCCUGUGCUAUAGAGAGCGUAAAGAGGUGUGGCCUUACAUCGGAUGACUUCCUUCUCCCUUAAGACACUAUUUAAAUGUGUUUACUCAUCUAAGACAUUUGUUUUAUGUGAAGAGGUGUGUUUUGUUAGAGUUGUCUGAAGUCUUUUUUAGUAUGCUGUGUGUGUUUUUUUCAUUUCAGAGUUGCAACAUUGAAUGCAGUGGGUAGAAAUUAGUAUUGUAUAGACCCUGGCCGCAGCGAUGUUUCACUUCUUCAGGAAGCCUGUGGAACCGAAAAAGCCUUUGGCGUCAGACACGGAAGCAGAUGGGUUUGUCCUUUUAGGAGAGACAGAAAAUGAACAGAGAAUGGCAGCAAGAGGUAAAACUUCAGAAGUAGAAGGCAACCAGCCGACUGGCACAGAAAACUCAUCCACUGUGACUGUGGCAGGCCCCGGGGCGGAAACCAAGGCAGGCCAGCCUCUGGAAAGCAGCUCGUUCAUGGCCGAGCUUCUGAGCGACGUGCCCUUCACGUUGGCCCCGCACGUGCUGGCCGUGCAGGGCACCAUCAGUGACCUUCCAGACCACCUGCUCACCUGUGACAUCGGCGAAAACUUAUCGCGGUUUUGGUAUGAUUUUACUCUUGAAAAUUCAGUGCUCUGUGAUUCAUAGUUUUUAUAUUUGUACCUUAACAGCUUUAAAACAAAAGUUUUGCCAUUGUAUUUAACAUGUUUGAUGUUCUUUGCCAUUUCACUGUCUAAAUGCCCUCAGAAAAGCAAGGGUCAUAAAGUAUGUUCAUUGCUCUGUUUUUCAGAAUAAAGUACAUUUGUAUAGAAAUUGA